CACGGGAAAGGGAAUCGUAUAGUAUAUGAAUAUAUUUCCCCCUCUCCCAUUCUCUAUGAAACACUAAGAUCCCAAUUUCCCUUCAUCAUCAAAUUCAAGACCGUGCUCGAUCGUCUUUUUGGUUUCCAUAAAUUUAAAGCAAGCAAGAAAGGCAUGGAUUUAGUGUUGGAACCAAGCCUUGUUGGUUUCACUGUGAUGUUCUUUUGUGUUUAUUUAUUGGGGUACUUCAUAUUUUUCAGGAAUUGGAAUGAGAAAAGGUCUGAUGCUUCUAGUUGCCUCAUGUCCCUGGCUCAUGGCACCCCUGCAGUUAUCUUAGCCAUCAGUUCAAAUCUCCCCUUUUUCCAACACCAAAUGGGCUUCUCUUCUCCAAACACUCCAUCCCAAGAAAUGGUUCUUGAUUUCAGCAUUGCAUACUUCUUGAUGGACUCCCUGCACUACAUCUUUUUCUACCCUCAUGAUGCCCUCUUCAUAGCCCACCACAUGGCCACUCUCUACGUGUUCUUGACGUGCCGUUUCGCGGUUCGCCACGGGGCAACUGCUCUCCUUGGGCUCCUUGUUCUUGCAGAGAUUACUAGCCCUUGCCAGAACACAUGGAGCCUCGCUAGGUACAGGAAAGUGGACUUGCCCGAGGCUGCAAAGCUACAUGCUUUCUUGUCACCAAUUUUCUAUGCUUUCUAUUCGGUGGUUAGAGGGGUUGUUGGACCCUGGUUUGUGUGCAAGAUGGGCAGGGCAUUGGUUGGUGGGGCUGCCCAGGCGGUCAUUCCUAAGGGUGUUUGGAUUUCUUGGAUGGUUGUUAUUGUAAGUGCUAUCAUGGUUAGUAUACUUUGGGUUUUCAAUCUCUGGAUUGAUUUGUACAAGGAAACAAAAAGGAAAGAGUUCAAGAAAAAUAGAUAAAGAGAAUUCUAUUAAAUUUUAUUUGUAUAGGAUUAUUAUUGGUUUUAAUAUAAGGAAGUCAAAGUUUCUGAUA